AUGUCAUCUUCAUCGAGGUCCAAGCUCCCUCUGCUCCUGUAUGGGAUCCUGGUGUGCAGCUCCUUUGUUCCUCUGCCAGUUGUCAGCAGUAAGAGACCAAGCAUACGGAGCGGCGGGCUACUGGUGCGGGCCAGCGGCAGCUCCUGGGACAAGAGGGAGGUGACGGCUAGAGAUGGAGAAUACCUGCUGGGGAUAAAGAGACUGAGAAGACUUUACUGUAAUGUGGGCAUUGGCUUCCACAUUCAGGUGUUACCAAACGGGAAGAUCACAGGCGUGCACAAUGAAAACAGAUACAGCCUUCUAGAAAUGUCCCCAGUGGAGAGAGGAGUGCUGACUCUGUUUGGAGUCAGAAGCGGCCUCUUCAUCGCCAUGAGCGACAAAGGGAAACUCUAUGGCUCGGGCCACUACAGUGAUGAAUGCAAGUUCAAGGAGACUCUCCUGGCCAACAACUAUAACGCCUAUGAAUCAGCUGCCUACCCUGGCAUGUACAUCGGCCUCAGCAAGACCGGCAAAACCAAAAGAGGCAACCGGGUCACACCCACCAUGACCGUGACACACUUCCUUCCCAGGAUAUAA